UGCGAUCUAGUCUGUCUGGCUCACCUCCAAGAUCAAUCCCAGUCUUGUCUCCUUUUCUCGGAACUCUGCCUUUUAUGCAAAUGAAGCCGGGAGCAUCACGCUCCUGUGUGUCCAACCAGGAAGUGCGUGACGCUGCAGACACAGAGAAACUGUGAUUCAGUGUUGUGCAGCUUGUCAUCAGUCAGUCAGCAGCAAGCAGUUGAAGGUAAAAAGAAGCAAGCGGGAGAAACAGGAUGCCGUGGCGGCUCACUGACCCUUUGUUAGGCAAUGAAUGAUGUGUGUCCUCGGCACAUGGACACAUGGAUGCCACGCUCCGGUCCAUUGAGCUCAGACAACCUUUCAAUGACAUUGGCACGCACUGGCUCUCUCAAGAUUACCGGAGGCCAAAUUUGAUCCCCCGAACGCCAUGGACCGGAAUGAGGUUUCACCCGGCUCAGGAGUUGUCGUGCAAAAGCCUGCCGUCGUGAGCGGUUGUGGCGCACCGCCGUCUCAUUGCGCAAGCCGCUGCGACACCAGACUGUCCAACCAGUGCGGCCCGACCAAGCACGAAAUCACGGACGAGGCAGAGGACAGUGAAGAAGAGCCCAAGUAUCAGCAGUCUCGACUCAGGCGAGCCGGUGCCACCGGAGGAGGAGGAGUAGGAGGUGUAGGAGGAGGAGUAGGGGGAGUAGGAGGAGGCACCAAUAAAAUGCAAAACUUCACGUCAGGAGGGGGAGCCGCGCUAAUGAGCUCCUCUAACGACGAGAUCUCGGCGGUCCAAGACACUUCAGAGCUCGAGCAAGUGGAAGUUGUCGCUCCCACGGACGCAUCCGCAGCAUUUAGGACGUUCGCGCCUGCGCGUCUGAGUGAUGCGGCGGCGCGCGACGAUCCCGAACCCGGGAAAUCAUCUCCUCUUGCGCUCACGGUAGACGCCUGUAAUGUUCCAGGAGAAGGAGGAAGCAACGCCGCAGCUCCGGUUUCCGUUAUGAAGUGCAAUAAAAACGGCGAGUGCAGAAGAGACUCUGGCACUGGCAGCUUACGCUCCAUUAUGUCCAAGCAGGACAAGCAGGAUGCGAAUAAACGCGCGACGAGCUCCUCAACUUCAGGCACGGACGCGCCCGCUGCUCCCGUGGGCCCUGGAGAAGUCGGCGCCGCCGUCCCGGACAAGAAGGACUCCAAGGUGUCGUUUUCAAAUGCACCAAGUCGCAAAGCGUCCGCAUCCAUGCAGAGCCAGCAGCCUAGAAACUCAGUAACGUUCCUUAAGUCUGAGGAUGGCGGGCAGAUCGCAACCGAGGAUGCUGAGACACGCGGGAGCCAAGCGAGCUUCAUGCAGAGGCAGUUCGGUAGUAUGCUGCAGCCGGGGGUCAACAAAUUCUCUUUACGAAUGUACGGCAGCCAGAAAGCAGUGGAAAAAGAGCAGGAGCGCGUCAAGUCAGCGGGAAAGUGGAUCAUUCACCCUUACAGCGACUUCAGGUUCUACUGGGAUUUUACAAUGCUCCUCUUCAUGGUGGGCAACCUGAUCAUCAUUCCAGUAGGCAUCACAUUCUUCAAGGAGGAGACCACCACGCCUUGGAUCCUCUUCAACGUAGUCUCUGACACCUUCUUCCUCAUGGACCUGGUGCUCAAUUUCCGCACUGGCAUCAUCAUUGAAGACAACUCUGACAUCAUCCUGGAUCCCAAGACUAUCAAGAAAAAGUACCUGAAGACAUGGUUUGUGGUGGACUUUGUCUCGUCCAUUCCCGUGGAUUACAUCUUUCUCAUUGUGGAACAGGGAAUAGACUCUGAGAUGUACAAGACAGCCAGGGCUCUGCGCAUCGUGCGCUUCACGAAGAUCCUCAGUUUGCUGAGGCUGCUCAGACUCUCCCGGCUCAUCCGCUACAUACAUCAGUGGGAGGAGAUUUUCCACAUGACCUACGACCUGGCGAGUGCCGUGAUGCGCAUCUUCAACCUGAUCGCUAUGAUGCUGCUGCUGUGCCACUGGGACGGCUGUCUUCAGUUCCUCGUCCCCAUGCUGCAGGACUUCCCCUCUGACUGCUGGGUCUCGCUCAACAAAAUGGUGAACGACACCUGGAGUGAGCUGUACUCCUUUGCUGUAUUUAAGGCAAUGAGUCACAUGCUCUGUAUAGGUUAUGGCCGUCAGGCUCCAGAGAGUUUGUCCGAUAUAUGGCUCACGAUGCUCAGCAUGAUCGUAGGAGCCACCUGCUACGCCGUCUUCAUCGGCCACGCCACUGCUCUCAUCCAGUCGCUGGACUCGUCUCGUCGACAGUAUCAGGAGAAGUACAAGCAAGUGGAGCAGUACAUGUCGUUCCACAAACUUCCAGCAGACUUCCGGCAAAAAAUCCAUGACUAUUAUGAACACCGCUACCAGGGCAAGAUGUUCGAUGAGGAGAGCAUCCUGGAGGAGUUAAACGAACCACUCAGAGAGGAAAUCGUCAACUUCAACUGCCGUAAGCUGGUGGCCUCUAUGCCCCUGUUUGCCAAUGCUGAUCCCAACUUCGUCACAGCAAUGCUAACUAAGCUCCGCUUUGAGGUCUUCCAGCCCAGGGAUUACAUCAUCCGCGAAGGCACCAUUGGCAAAAAGAUGUACUUCAUCCAACAUGGUGUAGUCAAUGUCAUUACCAAAGGAACGUUGGGAAUGAAGCUGUCUGAUGGCUCCUACUUUGGAGAAAUCUGUUUGUUAACACGAGGCCGCCGGACAGCGAGUGUUCAGGCGGAGACAUACUGCCGUCUUUACUCACUGUCUGUGGACAACUUCAAUGAAGUUCUGGAGGAGUACCCUAUGAUGAGAAGGGCUUUUGAGACCGUGGCCAUUGACAGACUUGAUCGUCUAGGUAAGAAAAACUCCAUCUUGAUGAACAAAGUGCAGCAUGACCUCAACUCUGGAGUCUUUAACAACACAGAGAAUGAAAUGAUCCAGGAGAUUGUGAAGUAUGACAGAGAAAUGGUCAAACUGGUGGACUUUCAGCGCCCACGUGCCAUGUCUAUGACAGCCGCAGUCCCUGGUGGCAUAUUUGCACAACCGUGCCAGUCGCAGGGUGCUUCAGCAAUCGCCACCCUACAGCAGGCCGUAGCCAUGAGCUUCUGUCCACAGAUGGCAAAUCCUCUGGUGGGCCCAGGAACUCUUCAAUCACCCCGCAUGGUCCGGCGCUUCCAGGUAAUUCAGAACAUUUCCAGCCCUGCAUCUGUCUCUCCCAUGCAGCCACAACCACCAGGCGCAUGUGCUUCUGCUGCCACAUCCAGUCCACCGGUGCAGAGCCCACUGGCACCAACGGGCUCAAGGACAUUCCAGUACGGCUGCAGCCCCAUGGGUGGGCGUACAGGAUCUCAGCUGUCACUUGUCCAGCAGCAUGUGCCCAGUCCAACACGCAAAGGUGUACAGCAUGCAGACAGCCUGAGCCAAGAUGCCCGCACGUUGUCCACUUCUCAACCCUCUUUGCCCCAGGAUGGAGUGACAGGUGUUGGUACCAGCCCACCACCCUCAGCCCACGUUUCCUCCUCGUCCAUUGGGCCACAGCAGGCCCCUCACCCUGCAAUACCUGGGCCCUCUGGAAUCAGAAGCGCUGUACCUCACAGAAUCGUACAUCCUCACCAGAUGUCACCCUCCACUCCACCUCCUGUUGGUGGCGCAGGGCCAAGCUAUCUUGAGCCAAUAGUGCACAAAAAAGAUUCUAUAGUUAGCCUCCCUGAGACAGACUCAACUAUCAGAUCCAGGCUGUCCUCAAACCUCUGACCAAACUCUGGUGUAUGUUGACAUGGUGGCACUAUUGUGUGUCCGAAGGUUUUCUGUACCCAAAGGAAACAGAAUGUGUAUUGUGUAGGGGGAGUAAUCAGAUCCUUAACAGAUACAAUGCCACCAUUUUAACUAGCAUGAACAGGUGGGAUUUUCCUAGCUCACCCAUUCAUGUAGUUACUCUUUCGUUCAGCUAUCAAUUUGCCCUCUGCUGUCUUUGUUAUGAAGAAGUAAGUGGAUAGAUAAAAAUUCUGUAGUAUUCUGUAGAGUCCAUACAAUGCAAUCUGGCCUGAGCUAGGACUUGAAAAGAAAAUCAGGGACUUGUAUCACAUGACAAUGAUGAAAUUUUAAGCUUUGCAAAAGUGUUUUUGAGUGUCUUUUGUUCUGUAUAAUUGUAGCAAAUAACUAGCUGUUCUUCAUAAUCUUGUAAAAUAUCAAUGAAAAUAGUAUUAUAGACCGCUGGGCGAUCUUAUAUUGAUAUGUAAAUAGAAUACAUUUUAAAAGAAAAAUGACACAAAAUAUCUUCAUUGUACCCACUCAGAAACCAAAGUUGAGCUUGGUUGAGUUUGCUCAUGUCUGUGUGAAAUAAGAAAAAGAAUUCAAAAGAAGCGCCAUUUAUUUAACUGCCUUUAUUCCAAGUUUAGAAGCCAUAUAUGUGCUGAGUCAAGUGUGAGUCUAUUGGGGAGUGAAGGAAGGGUGGGGGGUCUUGGGCUCAAGUUUGUUAUUUAUUUAUUGACCUGUUUUCUCAUGAGAGUGUAAAGCCACUGUAGUGAAACAACUAUUUUUUCUUUAAUUUAUUUUGCUGGGCAUUUUGACAGAAGCAUUUGUAAUGGUACAGACAAUACCCCAGAGCUUUGAGUAAGAACUCCUGCACUGAGAGUUCUUACUGAUGAACAUCACUGACUAUUAGGAGAUACCAAAACAGUAGUAAAUAGAAAUGGAUAACCAAAAGAAUCUAUUUCUUAACCGUGAUCAAAAAUGCAAUAUGAUAGUGAUUUUUAACAACCCUGCCUUUAGUCUUGCGAUUUUGUUGUGCUGUGUGAAUGCUUUAUUUAGACGUAUUUAAAUGAUAUUUUAUGGUAGUAAAAAAUGGAACAAGGGAAGAAACGUUUAUCUAAAACAUAUUUAGAGUUUAGCUUUAUCGUAAAUAUUAAAUUCCUGAAUUAUAGUUUUAUUUGCAUGCUACAAUUCAAAAUUGACAUGACCCAACAAUUGACCCAGAAAAGCUGGGUUUUUUUUCAUUCGACUACUAAAACUCGUAGUUGAAUGUGUGAAAAUAAAAUAAAAAAUGUUGCAGUAAUUUACUCAAAUAUAGAUUGAACCAGUUGAACAUGGUUUAUUUUUACACUUAAAGCCAGCAUACCUUAUCAGAAAAAUUCUAAAACAAUUUUAUUGUGAAAAAAAAAAAUGCAGCAUUUUAUUAUAUUAACUUGACAAAAUAAACCAUUAUUUGUUCAACUUAUCCAGUAUUGGCAAUAUUCUGCACUUUUCCAAAACCUCUAAGAUAUUAUUAAUAAAGAGGCUGUUGUGUAAACAUUUUUAAUGGGAUUGUUAAGAGAAUCAACCAAAUCUUUUUGGAAGAAACAAAAGAAUCCUCUUUGAUUUAAAGAUAUGCUAUCUUAACAAUUUGUAGCUAACAGUUAAACGCAUUUUAUUUUUCACUUGGAUUGUAAAUACGACCUUGUAAAUCAGUUGUAAAUGAGUCUGAUUAGUAGUGCACUUACUUGAUACUGAAAAUCGGAAGCUGAACUCAGACGGUGUGUAUUUGUUCCUGAAUGUAUGCCGACUGGCAUUUACUGCCAUGUAAAUAGAAUCAUAUCGACUAAUGCAAAAUGGAAAACGUGUGUAUUGCUGAGUGUUUAUUGUGAUCAACUGUUGAUUAUGCUUAUUAGCUAACUGCUACUUAAUUACAAAAGAACCGUUUGUGUUACUUCAACCAUUACUUGCUAGAAGCUGGAUAUUAGAUAUAAAAAAAUGGGGGAAACAUUUAAACCAAUUAAGCAAACAAACAACCACAUACAAUAUCCCCAUGAGCACCUUUUAGAGAAAGAAAAUGAUGAUAACUCACAAUAUUCAUAAUAGCCACAAUGAGGUGAUUUGGGGUGGUUUGAUGAGUUGCAGGAAUGGAUGCAGUUUUAUCAAUGCAGUAAAAUAGCGGCAACAUAACUCACAUUCAUACUCAGUCCCAUAUCUUUAUUAUUGUUGUAGAUUUAGCUCAAAGUCUUUUACCGCGAGCAUUAGGAUCGACUAUUAAAACAAAGGCUGGUGCAAAUCGAGUCAAUGACUGAAUAAAAAACUAUUUACUUACUUUAUUUACUAAGUCCUUCCUGAGCUAACAUUGCCAUUUUCUAGCAGUAAUGGGAUAUUUGAUCUACCGAGUCCCGAGAAACGUGAUCUGUGGUGUAGCUUUAAUUCCACACAAAUGAUUCUUCCUGUACUGCCAUUGUUUUCUGAAUGCCAGAGGUUUUUAUUUGCCCUGCAAUUCUCAUUUUCAGAGAUUAGCAAAUACUUUGUUUUUGUAUAUCCUGUUUUAAGUGUACAUUGUAAGUCUCUAACGUACUGACAGAUGUAUUCUGAGUGAGCUGAACGAAUUGAAUGCAAAUCUAUGUAUUGCUGUGGUUUUACUGCACAUGACUGAAACUGUUUAUUUUUGUAAUCAUGCACUUAUGCUGGCCCUAUUUACGCUGCUAUUUUAGGCUCUGCUAGAAAGAAAUGUCUUCGGAGGAUUGUGAACAAGGUGGUCACAGUCAGUGCAAACAUGUGAUACUGCCAACUAACCUGGCAAAUAUCGAUAGAAAGAAACUGAUUUGAGUUUCAGCUUGGAAUCAAUUGGCUUCAUUUCACUGUAACAAUAGCAAUCCUGAUCGAAGUAUUCCUUUAAGUAGAGAUUUCCAGUAUCUUCUUUUUUCUUUUUUUUUCCCUGACAAAAAAAAAAAAAAAACCUAAAAAAAAAAAGAACAACAAAGAAAAAAAAACUUUCUUGGGCAGAAAGACAGACGUCAGCUUUCCUCACCUUAGCUGGAUAACGGACAAUAAUUUGAGAGGACUGUCAUACAAACCUCUUGUUUCACAGUACCGAAUGUAAACGGUACAGAAUGCCUUGGUAUAAAAUGUCUUAGUAAAUCAGGGUACUUUGUGUUUUUUUGUUAUGAUAAGUGUUUUUGUUGUUUUUUUGUCUUUACGGUGUGCCCCGAUGCACAAUUUAACAUAGGCCAACAUACCUAGUGCCUAGUAAUACCUAGUUUCCACAUUGUCUAUUUUAGUGGUAUUUGAACUUGUAAAAAGAAUAACAGAAAUCUGUUUUGUUUUUGUUUUGUUUUUGUUUUUUAACUUGCAAUAUAUGUACAAUAUAGCUGCUGAAUAGUUGUUAGCGACAUAAAACGAAUAAUCCAGCAUAGUCUUUCCCAAUGUUGGGAGACACAACUUGCACAUUCAUGUUUGUCUGGACUUUUGAAUGCAGUGGAUCACGGAGUACAUACCAAAACCUCUGCUCCACCGGAAUGUUGCUUUUCGCUGGAGCCACCAGAGCAGACUUUGCUUUCGCGAUCCGUAGACAUCACGCCAGAUGGCUUUUUAGAAAACCAACUCGCCUUUGUAGAUGCCAGCUGAGCACAUACAUACACAGAUCAAGUCAAAAACAACAGAGGUGAAAACAUUAAAUACGUUAAAAAAUC